CCAUGCCCAUAUUAAAUCCCACAACGAAAAACUUCUCAAACAAAUAAUGAGAGCGAGAAACAAGAAGAAUCAAAAGAAACGGUCUUUGUCACUUUCUUGCUGCGGUAGUGUCCAAUAGUUCACUUCAAAGGGGAAGAACGACCAGAGCUCACAUCACAGGAGAUACAAUGAUUAUAAAAGGAGUGUUCAGGAGGUAUGAAAGAUGGAACCCAGUGCACCCAACCUCUGGAGCAUUUUGGGGUUUGGGAAUAGGCAUUGGUUGUGGUGUUGGAUGGGGUCCUGGUUUUGGGCCUGAAGUGAUUGGCUAUGUUGGAGCUGGCUGUGGUGUUGGCUUCAGUGUUGGUUUCACUCUGCUUGGUGUUGGUAUUGGUGUUCCUGCAAAUUGGCUCUACACUGUUCCUUAUCAGGCUGUUAUGGCAGCAAGAAGUACUCCAUUGAGGCUUGGUAGACCUCCUGGUCUUGUUUUCUCCAAAAGUAUAGCAGGAGAGGGUUGGGAUAAAAUAGCACCGUGUGUCAGAGGGCUGCAAAGAGAAGCCAGUGGAAGAUUGUCUAGCUUCACACAACAUCUUGUGGAAGGGGUCGAGUCAAUUGAUGUGAAGAGUCAGCUAAGUGCCAAUAGUAAGAAUGUUUGUGAUGGUUUAACAGCGUUUGGUGAACGCAUCUUCCACUUUCCUAAAGGUUCCAAAGAUUGACAGGUUGAAGAACUGGACUAUCUGCUGCAUAUACUAAGGAUCGUAAAACAUUCUCAUACAAACCACAUUCUCCCUGAACUAGUCUUGCCAUGAUAAUAUCUUGGUCCGCCUUAAUUUUGUAAGUUAGAAAACCUAAGAGAAAGGUUUCAUUAAGGGAAGGCUGACUCAUAUCCCCCGAUCUUACUAGCAAGGUUUUUAUGAUUUUGGAACCCCUUUGUUUUAUCGCCUAGGAAAAUUCCUGAUGUGAUGUAGAUAAUGUACCUCCUUAUCUCUUCUUCCUUCA